AUGGAGGAUGAAGAAGGUUACACGGUAUUAAACUUCCGACGCCAGGAGAAAACCACCACCAGCCCGUCACCCGGGAGGAUCCAAGAUUCUCCUUUGAGUUCCCAGCGCUGUAAACACAUGCUAGGGAUUUUGGGAGCUGUUUGCAUCAUUCUGACAGUAGCCGUGAUCAUUCUGACUAUCCUGGUUUUCCAGGGCCGCUCCCUGCAGAUGGACACUGGCGCAGUCUCAUCGGUCCCUGAGAGCAGUGGUGUCUCCCAGAGACACUCCCCCGGCAGAGAAUGCAACAGGAGCCUGGAGGACUUGGUGUCUCGCCUGAAGCAGAGUCUGUGUCACUCAGCCCAGAGCCCCUCAGCAGACGGCUCCGGCUGCAAAUUCUGCCCUAUGGACUGGCUGUCACACAGGGGAAAGUGUUACUGGUUUUCCAAAGACAGCAAAAACUGGAAGGAGAGCUGUGAUGACUGCUCCGCGAAGAGCUCUCGAAAGCUAGUGAUCCAAGACCAGGAGGAGAUGGAGUUCAUACAGAACGUCACACAUGGUAAAUAUCAUGUCUGGCUCGGGCUCAGUGUUACAUCUGCAGAGAAGAACUGGAUGUGGGUGGACAGCUCCGUGUUAGACCAAACUCUGUUCCCAGUAACGGGUCCUGCUGACGUGUACAGCUGCGGGGUGAUAAAAGGGAAUCGGAUUCACUCUGAAACCUGCAGUGCUGAAUUCAAAUGGAUUUGCGAGAAGGAAGCCAUGCCGCUAUAAACAGUGGCAUUAGAGACACUCAUUCCUGUAACAGACCAGUACACUGCCUUGGGUUUCAGUCUUCGGGCCAGACUUCCAGGAGCGGAUGUGCCUGUGGAGACGUACGUGCAUCCUCAAACUAGCUAUUUGUGUCUUCAACUUGGGUAAAUGCAUGUGCAAAUCAGGCCCAAGGGCAAAGGCACAUCUCAUGGAUGUA